AUGGAGGGCAAGCCCGAGCAAGUUCGAAUCGAAAAUACCAUCGAGCCCGUGGAGACGCCGAGCUCCCCUUACCUAUCCCAAAAGGAUGUCCCCCUUGUCCUCAAGCAGGCUCAUGAAAACAACUUCCACAUCCACCUAGGGUGGAGAUCAUGGCUUAUUAUCUUCUUGACAUGCUUUUGUCUCAUGGCGCAAGUCUUCGUCGUUACGGCGGCUGGUCAAGUUCUUGCCUUUAUUGUUAGAGACCUAGGAGAACCGAAUUCCGACAGAAACACUGAGAUCUCCGGAUGGAUCAUUCAAGGUCCUCUCCUCAUGCAAAGCAUCUUCUCCCCUACCGUUGGCCGUCUCUCGGACGUUUUGGAUCGUAAAUACAUGUCGUCUAUCCCUCCGCUAUUCGCUUUCGCAGGAGCCGUCAUUUCCGCAAAGGCUCAGAAUAUGUCCAUGUUGAUUGGAGGCUCUAUUCUGAUUGGCAUUACGCUAUCUACCGCACCCAUUAUCCACGCUAUUCAAGCUGAAGUGUUACCUCUCAAAUACCGUGCUGUCGCGAACGCCUUCUCCUUCAUUGGAGCAUCAGUAGGUUCAAUUGCCGGUGGCCUUGGAGCUGGAGCUUUGACAAGCCGAAGUGCAGAUGGGUGGCGUGGCGUUUUCUGGAUCCAAGCCGCCCUUCAUGCCGUCACUGCGCUUGGAUUCCUCUUGUUCUACUGGCCAACGCCUCACCCGGAUUAUCCUAAGAUGUCGCUAAAGGAACUAGCAUGGGAGUGCGAUCCAUUCGGCUCCUUUUUCUUCAUUAGUAGCUCUGCUUUACUCUUGCUAGCAUUCGACUGGGCCGGCGGAACAUACCACUGGAAAGAUCCUCAUGUUGCAGCCCCACUUGGGUUGGGGUGUGCGCUAAUGGUUUGCUUCAUAUUAUACGAGUGGAAAGGUCGAAAAGAUGGCCUCGUCUCCCACGUUUUCUUCCAAUCUGGCCCUAACUUCCCGGUUGGCGUCUUAGGAUUCACGGUGGAAGGGUGGAUCUUCUACAGCGCAGUCAACAGUGUGGUGCCCCAGCAGAUCCUUCACCUGGGGUUUGAGCCUACGGCAUGGAGAAUCUCUAUCCGGCAGCUCGCCUACGCCUUUCCGUCUCUCGCGACAUCCUUAGCUAUCUCCGCAUGGGCAACGAAGAAGAGAGACCUUACACGACCUUUGUUCAUCACAUUUGGGCUAUUCCUUGUUGGCGUAGUCUGCUACGCUACGCUCAAACCUGGGCAAAGCAAGGCGCAGAUCGUGUACACUGUCAUUGUCGGCAUGGGUCAAGCAGGCCCUUUAACACUUCUGGUCCCUCUGGUUCAAUUCACAGCCCCUCAUGCUUUCCUCUCGACCGCCUCUGGCCUUGCCUAUUCCGGUCGCGCAAUGGGUGGUGCCUUUGGUUCCGCUGUUCUCAAUGCUAUAAUAAACAACCACCUAAACAAGAACCUCGCUCGGUCGGUCGGGUCCGCCGCGACAAAAGCCGGGCUGCCCCAAUCCUCCGUUAGCAAGCUAAUGAAAGCUAUGGCAGCCGGCAAAGCUCAGCAGAUCCAAGCUGUCCCUGGCAUUAACAACGCCAUUCUCCAGGCAGCAACGCAUGCAAGUCAAGAGGUGUAUGCGAGAGCGUAUAACUUGGGUUGGUGGUCUAUCUUCCCGUUCGUAGUCAUUUGCAUGAUUGGACUGUGCUUCUUGAGAGGGGUGAAGGAGUUAAUGACAGAGAAGGUGGAGGCCACGGUCGAAAAGAUUAAGCAGCAGGAGAAGGGUGAGGAGAGGGCUUGA